AUGGGAUCAGUGUCUGGCAUGCCGAUUCUGAUCACAGAGAACUCGUGUCUAUGGUCACGGAGGUUUCUGAAUUCACACGUUUCAACAAGCAUAAGAAACAACAGUGUUGCAGCGGUGGGACAAAGUGUCUUCUUAUGUGGUUCCUCUUCUAUUCACAGUUUUAAGGCGAAGGCCAUGAGGAGGGAAGAAGGCGAACGAAGAUUCCCACCACAGCAUCAGGAUGGUCAACCGGGAAAGGAGUACCUAAUGGAUCCUCUCCCAAUAUUCAGCGAUCCUAAUUACCAGCCCACUAACAAACUGAAAGGGAAGGUGGCUUUGGUGAUAGGUGGGGAUUCGGGUAUUGGGAGGUCUGUUUGCUACUUCUUUUCUAGGGAAGGUGCAACUAUAGCCUUCACUUACGUGAAAGGUGUGGAAGACAUAGAUGCAAAGUAUACUUUAGAGAUCAUAAAUGAUUCAAAAAUGAGUUACGCAGGUGAUCCAAUUGCAAUACAUACUGAUGUUAGGUAUGACAAGAAUUGUAAGAAAGUUGUGGAUGAGGUCGUUGCUAAAUAUGGAAACAUAGAUAUCCUGGUGAACAAUGCAGCCGUGCAGCAUGCUGUGAAGCACAUGAAACGAGGAAGCAGCAUCAUAAACACCGCAUCAGUGUUAGGAUUCUCAGGAAGUCCAAAACUCAUUGAUUACGCGUCAACAAAGGGAGCCAUCGUGAACUUCACCAAGAGUUUAGCAAGAUUCCUGGCUGACAAGGGGAUUCGUGUUAAUGGUGUGGCCCCUGGACCUAUCUGGACCCCACUUGAAGCUGCAUCACUCGAUGAUGAGGAUUUAGCAACCUUCGGGUCAAAGAAUCCUAUGAAUCGGGCAGCUCAACCUGUGGAGGUUGGUCCAUCAUAUUUGUUCCUGGCAUCCAAGGAGGCUUCCUUCUACACUGGAUCAUUUCUUCAUCCUGAUGGUGGAGAACUCGACAAUGCUGUUCCUGACGUCAACAACAACCACAAUACAGAAAACCCAUAG